ACGAUCCAGGCUAUAAUGAGUCUUGAACCAUUCAAUCCUAACUUGACCCUAGGAAUAUACCAAGUUGGAGUUCUGUGCUCCUUUCUUCUGCUGGGCAUUGCCUGCACUCAAGCACACUUCUAUUAUACCCAUUAUCAGGAUGACUCAGUGUGGCUCAAGCUUCUGGUUGCCUUUAUUUGCCUCACUGAGCUGGGACAAGCAGCCAGUCUUGCAGCCAGCUUAUACUCCUACACUAUCUCAAUAUAUGGACAGAACAUUGACCCAUUCCUGAAAGGCAUUCCUUUGAGCCUGGGUGAAGCCGCACUUCUAGCAGGUCUCAUUGCACCAACAGUCCAAUCAUUUUUUGCGUACAGAAUCAUGAUUUUGGCGCCUCAUGCAGUGUUAAUUGCCUGCACAAUCUGGUUUCUAGCAUUGGGACAGAUAUGUCUCAGCACCACAAUGUUCAUACAAGGGGGGUUCAAGAUCCUUAUCAGGCACAUGGGGUAG